GAGAAUGCGCUGCUGGCGGCUGCUGCUGUUGCUCAGCUCGCGGCCAACAGGCUGCGAUGGCUGCUCGGCCGCUCGUGACGCUCGGGCCUCGGCCAAUUCGAGUUGGUUGCCUGAAUUCAGUUUUCAGUAUUCAAUUGGACUGCGACUGCGAGUAUAUUUCGUUCGCGUCGAGAAACGAAAUCGAAAUCGAAAUCCCGACAAACGGAUCCAGCAUAGCGCAGACAAAGAGAGAAAGACGAAAAGACAGAGAGAGGGACAGAGAGAGAGACGUCCAAGGUUUGAAACAACAACAACAACAACAGCGGCAACUAUAAACGUAAUCAAACCAACAAAGAAGCGCACAACGUUGAAAACAAAGUCUUCAAUCAGUGAGACAGAGAAAGAGAGAGAGAAAGAGAGAGUGAAAGAGAAAAAGAGAAAGAGAGACUGUUGCUGAGAGAUUGAGAGCAUUCAAAGGCAGCUGUAGCUUGGCCAAUACAAAAAUUACGCAUACGCCGUGUGAAGCGCAAUCGCAGCCAAAAGUCAAAAAACAAUAAAAGAAAACAAAACAAAACAAAAAGAAAAAAAUAGAAAAACAACACAAAGCACAAUUACAUACAUAUAGCAACAACAACAUAAAUAACAACCAAAUAUUAAGAUUAAUAAUAAAAUCAACCGAUCGCAACUGACUCAGACUCGGCCACAUCAGAUCCGAAAGUCUCGCGGACUCUCUUCAAUGUAUUUGGCCCUCAAUAUCGCAAACAAUCAACGAUAAUUUCGGCCGCGAGCUCAUCGAACCACUGGAGAGAUUCUCUGGCGACAACAGGAAACCACAGGCGAAUCACAGCCUCAGAUCCACCGUGCUAACGGCAGUGGUGGCAACAUUUUCAAACUGUAGCCGGCUAGAAACUCAGCUUCAAGACGUCUUGCAAACGGCUGAAAAUGGAAAAGACUCCCCGGUAUACGCAGCGGGAGCGCAACAUGGUGCUCACAUAUGCAGCCCAGCACAAGGAUGUGAUUGAGAAUAAGCGAACAGAUGCCGAGUCCAAUCGCAAAAAGGACGAGGUAUGGCUACAGAUAGCCAAGGACUUCAAUUCCAAGGUAUAUCAUCAGCGCAGUGCGAAGCAGUUGCGUCAACUCUACAAGAACAUGAAGCUGCUGCUCAAGAAGGAUCUGUGCGGCGAGGAUAAGGGCAAUCGCUCCUUUUUGGAUCUGCUCAACACCCUCUCACAGCAGGAGUCCGUGGCCCAAUAUAUUGCCGAGCAAAUGUCACCCGAUGGCGCCGGCAGUCAAACGGCUGCCAAUGGUCGUCACUUGACCGACGACUACGAGGACUCAAAGCUUCCAAUGUACGAGGGAAUGGACACUGAUGUCAUACUGAUCAAAUCGGAGACAAUCAGUGACAAUGAGCAGACGGAGAAUGGCAUGGAUUGCAUGGAUGAUGAUGACGACGAUGAUUGCCAAAGUCCCAAAGUGCCCGAGGUGUGCCUGGAGGAGGAGGAUGAGGUGCUAUUUCCCACAGAUCGCAACCAUUUGCAGCAGCACAGUGGCGGCGGCUCGUUACCCAGCGUCAAUAGCAGCAAUUUGGCCAUCGGUGGCAAUGGCAAUGAUCCCAUGCCACGUGCAACCAGCUCGCCAGUGUGCUCCACAAAGACCUCCAUCUCAUCCACGGGCAGUUACAUGUCCGGCGGUGUGCCAAAGGCAGAGAUAACGCUCUCCGCCGUGGGCAAUAUACGUGUUGGCUCAUUUGCCAACAUCAGCAACACGUUGCUCAAUGGCAACAGCAACAACAUCAACAACAACAACAACAACAGCAGCAGCAAGAACAAUAACAACAAUAUUAACAACAACAAUAGCAGCAGCAACAUUAACAACUCGAACAGCAGCAUGGAUGGGGCACGCAGCCUGCAACUGACCGCGGAGCAAGUGCAACAGCACUUGUUGCUCAAUGGUCUCGGCCUGUCGGCGGUGCAUCAUCCGCCGGCGCAGUCGCUGCAAGCGGCCAUCAAUGCGGCAACGAGCGGCGUCGGCAGCUCGCGGCAAACGCAAACGUUGCAGUUGCCGCGCUUGCAACGCGGCCACAAUGCGGCUGCCACAGCAGCGGCAGCAACAGCGGCGGCAGCCGUUGCCGCUGCAGCUGCUGGCGGUGGCGCCACAAACGGCUCGAGUGGCAAUGCCAAUGGUGGCAACACUGGCGCCGUGCAACUUCUGCUCAACGGUCAUCAGAGUCGCGACAAGACGCAUGCGCAGCAAUUGCAUCCAGGUGCUGGGAUUACACUUGCCGCGGGCAGCUUCAAUGGUUACAACGGGCUUGGUGUCAGCAACAUCAGCAGCAUCAAUUGCUCGGCCAGCAACAACAACAAUCACAAUAACCACAACAACAGCACCUGCAGCAACAACAGUGCCAACAACAGCAGCAACAGCAUGAACAUCAGCAAUGUCAAUGCCCAUGGCAACAGCAACAACACUAACAACGCUAACAACAACAACAACAGCGGCAGCAGCAGCAACAGCAGCGGUUCACGUGGGCAACAUAACGAAUACAUGAUGACAUUGGCGGUGGAGGAGCGCAAACGGAAGAUUGAGCUGCUGAAUGUGCAGAUCGAGUAUUGGCAGACGUUGACCAAGAAACUCGACUCCCAGUCCGGCCACUAUCCAAAUCCGGCCUGUCUAUGUCACUUUCCCGGCAGCAAUGUGCUCGGCGUGGGCGGUGUUGGUGUUGGUGUUGGUGUUGGCAGUGUGGGCGUGGCAGCUGGUGGCAACACAGCCGCAACGAAUGCAUUGCAAACGCAGUCAAGCAGCAGCUAGUCCGAAGCUUACGAUGGCGGCAACAAUGGCGAUGAUGAUGAUGACGACGGAGAUCCCAACGAUGCUGGCCAAUUUCAAAC